GUGAAUAUUCGACAUGAUUCGAUCAUGUUUAUUUAUUUUGUUCGAAUUGAAUGCACGCGAGUGUUUUUAACAUGUGUUUUAUUACGGACACGCGCAAGAGGCGCCGGUUUGUCUGCGACUUGAGAUUUUAGAGUGGAGUAGUUUCCGCGUUGGAUCAUCUUUUAUAUGGUGAAAACAUCUUGUGAAUUUCAACGAUGGCCUUGCGUAAAUUUAUGCAUCCACGGAAUAAAUACAAACAGGGUCCGGAUUUCAAAAAAUUGGCCAUUCUCUACCCAGAUUUUCGCAAGCAUACGACAACUGAUUUGUCUGGAAAAAUACGGUAUGACUUUAAAAACGUAGAAAGCCUACAAAUUUUAGCCAAGACUCUGCUCAAACAUGACUUUGAUCUGGACAUUGACAUCCCUACUGAAAAAUUAGUGCCAGUUAUGCCUUUGCGACUCAACUAUGUUCUAUGGAUAGAGGAUCUUUUAACUUAUGCAAAGUUUACAGAUGAAAUCCAUGGAGUCGAUAUAGGCACAGGUGCGGUCUCCAUUUAUCCUUUGUUGUGUUCAAAGAUGUAUGGAUGGAAAAUGACCGGUACAGAAAUAAAUGAGACAAGUGUCCUGUCGGCCAAAAAUAAUGUUGCAAAGAAUGGACAAACGAAUCUGAUAAAAGUGAUGCACGUGAAAGAUGACUCAUCAUUACUGAAUGAAGCCUUGGAAGAAUCGGUGGAGUAUACCUUCACUAUGUGCAAUCCGCCAUUUUUCAACACAAACGAAUUCAUCAAGAGGGAAAAACGUUUGCCACCGAGAAAUGCAGCGACGGGAAGUGGUUGCGAGCUUGUUGUUGAGGGUGGUGAAAAAUGUUUUGUGACGCGACUCCUCUGUGAAAGUUUAGAAUUACAGGAGCGUGUGAAGAUUUACACAACGAUGCUGGGUCAAAAGAGCAGCUGUGCAUUUUUUAGGUCCGAAAUGAAAAAAAGAAAUAUCACAAACUAUACAUGGACAGAAUUUUGCCAAGGACACACCAAGCGAUGGGGUCUGGCAUGGACUUUUAUUCCCAAAGAAAUAAUUGAUUUAACGAAUGCACCGGUAAUAAGAACACGGGAUAGUUGUCAAACGAUCAAACAAUCCAAGGAUAGGCCGAGCGAAAUGGUUUUUCCCUUAGGCGAUAAAUUUCACAGCGUUGACCAGCUCGUUGAAACGCUUUGUACGUGGAUUCAAGAAUUGAAGAUCGAAAUGGAAGAGUUGGAAGUGACGGAAAAGGAGAUAGAUGGCUGGACAUUUCGUUUGAAAGCUUACGAGGAUACUUGGUCGCACGCGAGGAGGAAGCGACGAAUGGCACAACGACAGGAGCAGUAUGCAAAAAAAUCUCGUGUCGAAAUUUCUGGAGCAGUAAGGAACGAUGUUGCUUUCACGGAGGAACAAGAGACCAGAGAAACAGAGAGUUCUCCUCCCACGGUUAGACCUACAAAUUCUCUGUUGGAGUGCUGUAUGAUAGUAGGAGAGUUCGAGAAUAACGACACUGAGGAAGAGAGCGAAGACGUGACACUGGUGAAGAUUUGUAUUUUAUACGAAGACGGACACGGUGGCAAAAACGCUAUGGAGACUUUCCGCCAGUACCUGAUAAACAAAUUGUGUAUUCGCGAAUAUUUAAUGGGCAAGAGUAAAUCAAACAGUCCGAAGAAAAAGAAGCGGAGGGACAAGAGAAUUGAAACUGGUGUUAGCGAUUGAAUAAACGCUGUUGGAUUGCAUACAAAA